UAUCCUCAAUUGAAUCAUCAAUUAACACAAAAAUGAAGACUCUAAUGGCUUCACCAUUGCUUCCACUUCUUCUCCUCCUCUUCUCUACCUCAAUAAUGGCAGCCCCAUCUCAUCAUCAUUCCCGUGUCCACGACUUCCUUCAAUGCCUUUCCCUUCACUGCCCAAACUCCACAAACUCAAUCGCCAAACUCAUCUACACUCCACACAACUCCAACUAUACAUCCGUCUUGAAGGCCUCAUUAUGGAACCAAAGGUUCGCCUUGCCCCACACCCCAAAACCUAAAGUCAUUGUCACGCCAUUAGAAGUCACCCAAAUUCAGGCCGCCGUAUACUGUUCUAAAGAAUCCGGCUUGCCUAUUAGGGUUCGUAGCGGUGGCCAUGACUAUGAGGGCCUCUCCUACGUGUCCUAUGAAUCCCAGUUCGUCAUGGUCGACCUAAUCAACUUCCGAUCAGUCGAUGUCAACGUGGAAAAAGGCACUGCAUGGGUCCAAUCUGGCGCGACCCUAGGGGAGCUAUAUUACAGCAUUUCCAAAAGAACUAGUACGUACGGCUUCACAGCCGGAGUCUGCCCCACUGUGGGCAUCGGCGGCCACUUCAGUGGCGGAGGUUACGGCAUGAUAUCGCGCAAAUACGGCCUUUCGGUCGACAACAUCAUCGACGCUCGACUGGUCGACGUUAAUGGCAAAAUUCUGGACCGGAAAGCCAUGGGAGAAGACCUUUUCUGGGCCAUCAGAGGCGGCGGCGGGGCGAGCUUUGGUGUAAUUCUCGAAUGGCAGAUUAAACUCCUUCCUGUUCCGGAAACCGUCACUGUUUUCACAGUGAACAGAACCCUAGAGCAAAACGGGGCCAAGCUUAUGCACCAGUGGCAAUAUAUUGCGGACAAGCUUGACGAAAACAUCCUGCUGCGGCUGUUCAUAAGAACCGCUAACUCUAGUCGCGGGUUCGGGAAGUUGACAACGCAAGGCUCGUUCGUGGCCUUGUACCUCGGCCGGGCUGACAAGCUCGUCGAGUUGAUGAAAGAAAGCUUCCCAGAGCUGGGUUUGAAGCGACAAGAUUGCUUCGAAAUGAGCUGGAUCGAAUCGAUUCUCUAUUUCGCAGGAUUCGUCGGUUACCCGCAUGAGAUUUUGCUCAACAGAACCAAUUACGAACUGAAAUACUUCAAAGGAAAAUCGGACUACGCAGUAACCCCAAUUUCAGAAGAAGGUCUGGAAAUUGUUUACAAAAUGUUGAACGAGAUAGAUGGAACCGAGGCCCUGUUCAGCCCUUUUGGAGGAGAACUGGCCAAGAUUUCGGAUUCGGCGACGCCUUACGCUCAUCGAUCUGGGGUUAUUUACAACAUCCACUGGGCGAUCAGUUGGAAACAAGAGGGAAGAGAAGAGUAUGUGAAGCAUAUGAAAUGGAGCCGGCGGCUUUACAAGGCGAUGGAGCCUUAUGUUUCGAAGAAUCCGAGACAGGCGUACUUGAACUAUAGAGAUCUUGACCUGGGAGUGAACAACAAGGGAAACACAAGCUAUGAACAAGCCAGUACUUGGGCUCUUCACUAUUACAAGGAUAAUUUUAAGAGAUUGGUGGAAGUGAAGAGGAAGGUGGAUCCCGGUAACUUCUUCAGGAAUGAGCAAAGCAUUCCGCCUGCAGCAGUGUGAUUUUGCUGCAAAAUAGGCAUUUGUUUCCUAUAAUUGGCCGAAAAGAUUGUCGCUCUUUGGGGCCUGGGCUAUGUGGUAUUAAUGUACAUUUGUUGACAAAUAAAAGGCCCCCAAUAAUGUUGGCCAGAGAUAAGUUUGAUGAUUCCUUCUUGUGCAGCUGUGUUCAUUAAAAUUCAUCUCACUAUUUUCGAUA